GAACCAUUCUACACAUGAAACUUCCAAACAAACGUUAGUUGGCGAAAAAUGUCAAUCAAUCGCUCAUGUCUCACGCGGUUCCAUUACCAUUACUAAAAUAGCGUGAGACCUAAGGCAGUAUACAAACCCGUGCCCCGCGUGCUCAUGCACCACCACCACCCAAAAAAAAAAAAGAAAAAAAGAAAGAGUAAGCCAUAAAAACGAAAUCUUGACUUCAUCUAUAAAGAGUAAGUCUCCCGCACCAGUUGCAAAAAAAAUAUUAGCCUGCAAGAUCCGGAGUCAUCAGCGGUAGUACUAUAUCAUUUCCAUAUACUCCUAUCUAAGCGAAGAGAAGAUGGCUAGAGCUCUUUCAACUUGCAAUGGAAGGGCGAAUCUUUUCGGGUCCUCCACAUCAAAUCUUCUUAGCCCUUCGUCAGUAUGCUACAGGCCUCUGGUGGUCAGAAUGUCCCGAGAGCAACCUUACUGGGCAAAUAUCGAAGCGGACGUCGAAACACAUCUAAAGGAAGCCAUCCCAAUCCGGCAUCCGGUUUCGGUCUUCGAGCCCAUGCAUCAUCUAGCCUUUGCAGCGCCGAGAACCACAGCCCCGGCCCUGUGCAUUGCUGCUUGUGAACUCGUCGGCGGCCACCGGAGCCAGGCCAUGGCUGCGGCGUCUGCUAUUCAGCUCAUGCAUGCAGCUGCGUCUGCUCACGAGCGGCUUCCCUUGACCGACAGGACCAGGCCCAAGACCAAGCCCGCAACGGAACGUAAGUUCGGCCCCAAUAUUGAGCUCCUGACCGGGGACGGAAUCGUGCCAUUUGGGUUCUUGCUGCUGGCUGAUUCGCUGGAUUCAGCCCAAAACAAUCCGGAUCGGGUGUUGAGGGUAAUGACCGAAAUCGCCCGGGCCACAGGAUCGCAGGGGGUGGUGGAUGGCCAAUUCAGGGAAUUCAUCAUCAGCCAAUCGGAUGAGGAAGAGGCGGUCGAUGCGAGCUCGAUUGAGUAUGUGAGCAGGAAGAAAGAAGGUGAACUGCAUGCUUGUGCUGCAGCUUGUGGAGCAAUAUUAGGAGGCGGCAGCGAGGCAGAAAUCGAGAAGUUGAGAAGCUAUGGACUCUAUGCCGGAACCAUACAAGGAAUGCUAUUUGGGAUUGGAAGAAAUCAAAAGGGAGUGCGAGAAAUGGUGGAAAAUUUGAGAGCACUGGCCCUGAAAGAAGUGGAGAGUUUCAAGAACAGAGAAAUUGAGGCAAUUUCUAGCUUGGUGGAGCCUGAACUCAGCUUCGUCUAGAGCCUCAUAUUUUACGUAGUGUACGUACCUAUCAAAAAUGAUAAUAAAUGUCAUUACCAAAACCAAAAGAAAAGAAAUUUCAAAGAUGAAGUGUGAAGACAAAAUAUGAUGUAAUGUGUCUGGCUGCAUGUGUGACAUCUUCUUCUUCUGUUUGAUUACGAGAAAGCAACUAGAUACUCUUCCUGUGA